CCACGAGAUACUGAAAGCUGUGGACGCAUGAUCUGUGACGUCACAACGCGUUCCAAAUACGAAAUUCGCGCGCGAAUAUUUUCUUUUUCAUAAAAAAGUAUUGUUCUAUCUGUGUUUGUGCCUGUGCUUGUUCUUAAUUUGAAUUUACCUUUUUUGUGGAUUUUGAAUUUCGAAGAGUGAAACAAUUGAAUUGGGUUAAGUGCAAUUAAGAAGAAUUAAAAUAUGGAUAACUUAGUUAACUUCUGAAAAAGGUCUCAAAACGAUGACCAGCAAAGCGGGAGUACAAAAUGUGACCUAACAUUAUCCUGGACAUGAAUAAUCUCACUUUCCUGGACCCAGCGUUUCAAGAAUUCCAAUGUCACCUGAGGCACGGGACGGGCUGCGGCGAAUCCUUCUCCGGCCUUGACUGCACAUCUGAAGAGAACAGUAUUAACUAUACUUGCGAGCUAAACAUAGACAUACAAAAUGAAACCUCAUAUACUUGCACUACGUGUAAUAUUACGAAUGCUGGUAGCAACAACACUUUAUGUACUCCUUACCUCAAGCUGAACAUGGUCACAAUAAUCUUCGAAAGUGCCCUCAAGAACCUAUGGCUCCGAUUACCCAAUUUCUUCUGCGAUUUGGACACCCUAUUCUGUUAUACGGAGGCUAACAAUCGGACGUUGUACAUUGACGUUUUAAAUGACACUCCAGUGUUAGGUGUAGUGGAAAGUUUUCAAUGUAGUUAUGGAUUUAGGAAUAGUACGGAAGAAGUGGUGGAUAAAGUGGGAUACGAUUGGAGUUUCUUGUUUGUGAUAGUGUUUAUUAUAGCGGGUGGUGUGGGCAAUAUAUUAGUGUGUUUGGCCGUGUGUUUGGAUAAACGGCUGCAGAAUGUGACGAAUUAUUUUCUUCUUUCGCUGGCCAUUGCUGAUCUGCUGGUCAGUUUGUUUGUGAUGCCGAUGGGGGCGAUACCUGGGUUCCUAGGGUACUGGCCGCUGGGCGUGGUAUGGUGCAACGUGUACGUCACGUGCGACGUGCUCGCGUGCUCAGCCAGCAUCAUGCACAUGUGCUUCAUCAGUAUUGGCAGGUACCUAGGCAUACGCAACCCUCUGAAGAGUCGGCACCACUCCACCAAGAGGGUAGUGGUCAUCAAGAUCGCUCUCGUCUGGCUGCUAAGCAUGUUCGUCUCAAGUUCCAUUACUGUUUUAGGUCUCAUCAACCGCACAAACAUAAUGCCGACCCCAGACUUGUGCGUCAUUAACAACCGGCUGUUCUGGAUCUUUGGGUCGCUGGUCGCGUUCUACAUUCCCAUGCUGACCAUGGUGGUGUCUUUCGCUUUGACUGUUCAGCUGCUGAAGAGGCAAGCCAGGCUCGCUGCCACUCCUGUGCCUGGAGGGACGCAGAGGAGGCAAUGCGGCGGUUACGACAACGGUCCAACUCAAGGCAUGCGGCGGGUUGGAGUGAGGAGUUCUCCAGAUCUAUCACCUAAUAGAACUGUCUCGAGGCAGCUCACUUGGAGAAUCACUAGUGCUACCAGAGCUCAACGCAACAAAGUGGGGAUGAGCGUCUCCCACCCCCAGCUAUCGUACAUGAACGGCUGCGGAGGCACCGGGUCUUCAGGGUCGAGGCGUGGACGUGAUGUGGCCACGCAGACUCCUCCCAGCAUAGCUGCGGAGACGAGGAGAGCGAGGCUGAGGCCGUUGAAGCUCACGUUAGCUGCUCCUAACGCUUUGACUCUUAGAUUCCUAGCCAACCGCAAAAAAGGCCGAUCACUCUCAGCAAAUGCAGUAGCGAACGAACAGAAAGCGACCAAAGUCCUUGGUCUCGUCUUCUUCACGUUCGUACUCUGCUGGGCUCCAUUCUUCUUACUAAAUAUACUGUUUGCCGCCUGUCCGGCCUGCAUAGUCCCAGAGCACGUGGUGGAUAUCUGCCUAUGGUUGGGCUACGUGUCUUCCACCAUCAACCCCAUCAUCUACACUGUGUUCAACAGAACCUUCAGGGCUGCCUUCCUCAGGCUGCUGAGGUGUCAUUGUACCAGACGCGGCCGCUGCACCCGCUACCGUUCCACGGGGUCAACGAGAGGUGCAUCACAGUUAUGCGCUCGAUCAGCUCUACCCCUCGCCAUAUCAUUACGACCCUCAGGACUACAAGCCUCCUCGCCAGCAGCGCCAGAUACCACCGAAACAGUAUUGAUAGAACAACCUUUAGGAGACUUUAAUCUUAGGUAUUAAGUGUUUGGGUGACAGGAAGCUCGUAUGAAAAUGGAGUCCAUACCAAUUGAACAAAAAUUUUAAUACAAAGAAACAAGAAGCAGUAUUUAUUUUUUAGUAAAUGUGGUCCAUAAUUUGAUGAAACUUCGUGAUGCAAAAACAGUGUUUAAACAUAAACUGAUUGUUUGUACGAUGGCUGUCAUUUUAAAAGUGUCAGAAGACUGACAAGCAGUCUUGCCAAGGGGUAUUGGGUUGCCCGGGUAACUGGGUUGAGAAGGUCUGAUAGGUAUUCGCUCAUUGUAAAAUACUGAUACUCAGCUGCAUCCAGUUAGACUGGAAACCUACCCCAACAAGGGAAAAGUCUAGGCAGAUGAUGUUCUCCAGAAAUACAUACAAGCUUCUUGUACUCAAAAAGCAUUGAAGAUAUAAUUUGAUUUUUCUAAUUGGAACCUACUGCCAAAGUGAACUAUGUAAUUGAAAUGUAUUAGAUUUGAAGUCUGAUAUAAUUGUGUUUUAUAUCUAGAUCCUAAAGUACAGAUGUUUUUGUAAAUUUAAUAGUGCCAAAGUAGUAUUUCAGUACAAAUAAGUUAUUAAAUAAUAUUCUUCCAGUAUCUUUAGUACCUGUUUUAUUGUAAGGACAUCUGUAGCUUCUAAUUUAUUUCGAUGUAUUUAAUUUGUACGAGUAUUUUGAAGAGGAAUGCCAAUUUUAUUUUUAAUAGUGAACAUUUUUUCUUUUGUACCAUUCUCUGCUUUUAUAUUUACCGUUAUUAUGAUACGAAGUAAUUUGUCUUCAGUAAUAUUUUUGCACAGACGUAGAUUAUAAAAUUCCUUUUCUUAAAUAUUUCUUUAACUUUGGUCGAAAGAUAUGAAAUAAUUAUUGGUUGCCAAAAAAACGAAACUUUUCAGUAUUAAAAUAUGUAUUAUUACUAUAUUUUGGAUACUUUACUCAUGGUAACGACCAGAAUGAUAGAGCCCUGCCAAAUAGCAUGCCAAUUUUAUCCCCGUAUUUUCGGUACAAUUACCGAUUAAUCUUGUGCAGCCAUUUUAUUCACACGACCUUCGCGAAGCUGGUUAUGUAGGUCUGUAUCUAUGAUUCCUCAAGAAGACCACUACUUACUACUACUUAAAGUCUUAAGUAGUGAUUAAAUGAUAAUUAAGACAUGCUAAAGCAACGUUCAUAAGUAAGAAUUUUCUUAAACAGCCCUUAAGUAUUAUUUACUUCACGUUCAUAAGUAAGGCUGUAAGUCCUUCCGCAAGUAACAUUGUUUAAAGCUAUUGAAUUAUAUUUUUGUAGUAUUACCACUAUUUUCUUCAUUCUUCAUCCCCUUUUUAUAACUAUAUUUUUUAUUUAAUCUUUUACAAUCAGGCAACAAUGGCCCAUAGAUACAUACCUUAAAACGAACAUACAUACAUUAUAUACAAAACUACUACUAUAUACUUUAAUACUAUCAUCAGACAGGCGUUAAUGAGUUGACCGAUACCUCGUAAAGCCUGCGGUCUCGUAUAAUUCUGAAAUAUGUUAUAAAUUAAAUUGUGAUGAGGUGGGAUGAAAUGCUGAAAUUCACAUUUCGUCUGGCACUGCCGUCGCGGGAAAUCAAUCCGUUGUCGCGGAAAUUGCUUAAUUUUGAGUACAUUUUUUUAUUUCUUGACAUAUUAUUUUGAGUGUGCGAACUUUGAACUUAUGAAGGAGAAUAUCUAGAAGUAUUAAACACAAUUCAGUAUAUGUAUUAAGGUUUCAGUCCUAUACUCUUCUCUUCGAUCAUUUGAGAUUGCCAUUCCAUACGUCUAUGAGAAAGUCAACUAUAAAGGGUUGGAUUUUAGUCUACCAUCACAAAAAUCCAUUUACAACAGUACCAAUAAUAUAAUAUUUAAAACUCUUAUUAAAGUAUAUCCGUCUUACCACAAAAACUUUUUAACGUCAGUUUAUUAAGACUUGUCUAAAAAAGUGACAAAUUAUGACUUUGACAUAUUAAAACAGUUGUUAAAGUUUUUGUAGUAAGGUAUAUUUGUUUUGCAAUCAAAUCACAAACGCCAUAACUGAGAGAUAAACGAUAAUGAAAAACAAAAUUCUUAAUUAGUUCGGCACACCACACACUCUAAGUUAAUGAACACAUAAAUUGCGAAGAAUUAACUAAUUAACUGUGCUAUAAUAAAUUCCAGUUAAAAUGUUGCGUUUUAUUUGAAUUAAAAUUCAUUAUUGUUUUGAUAUGGUUUUAAAGUCCUACAAACGUUUGUAUCAAGCUGUGUUUUCUCUUCGUUUAUCUGAAGAAAAAAGUUUUAUGAAGGAGUAAACUUUAAUUGUUAGAAAAUAACAUACCUGGCAUAAGUUAUGGUAUUCCAAACAUUAAUCUAAGUUUUUGUUCAAUGUCUUGUAUUAAAGUCAGAAUAUAGAUCAUAAAAUUUAUUUCCAAGUGAAAUCACAAUUAUUUCCAAUAAAUUCAGUACUUUGGGUCGUAAAUAUAAGUUAUUGAAAUUACUUUCCAAGUUGUAGCUAAAACCGUUUCCUAAUGCGAUAAUCUGAAGCCAUUUCAGAAAGUACUUAAGAAAAUGUCUAGAAUAACAAAUUCUGUGAAUUUAUAAGUAAUAGCAAUGAUUUUAAUCUAUUUAAGUAUGUAUUUAAAUAUAGUGUAGGCAACUGUAUAGAUUAAUUUAUUUGUCAAAAGAUGUUCAAUUAAAUAUUUUUGUGUAUGCAUAAACUAAAUGUUAUGUAGAA